CUGAAGACUGAAGACUGAAGACUUUGUAGCCGCGUCAAGCAAUAGUAACGCUACGUCACGUUUACGUUCAUGAUUUUUGGCGAGCGAUUCUCCAGAGAUCGAUGUAAUGUGACCUUUUAUACAAUAGUGGUCGAUGUUAUUUGGCACCUUACAGUUAACGAUUAUCGGGCGCGUAACGUUACAGUCCAACAUUUUUUCCAGUUGGUUUGAGAGAUUCCCAUUUGUCAAAGCCUUUUAUCACGGGAGAGAUUUGAGCGGUUCUCUAUCAGCCUAUGGAGUUUUCGACCUGUCGUCACGGUCGAAAUAAGAUUAUAAUCUUAUAAGGAUGAGAACAAAGAGGAAAAUGCGUUGGGAAAAAAUGCGCCAAAUCGUCUACUUUUUCGAGUGUCAGGGGAAAAUAAUAUAGAUUUUCCCCUAUUUUUUUCUCUAUACUUCACGUGUCAAUAACCCACCCACUCAAUAAAGGGGAAGUAAAUGGGAACAGAGGAAAAUAAAGGAGAAACGCUCCAAAAUGUCUGCUUUUUCUGCUGUCCGGGGAAAUAAUGCUGAUUUUCCCUCUUAUUUCUCUCUAUCUUUAAACGUCUCUGAAUUGCCUACUUUUUACCUAAACUCAAGACGGAUCAUCUGCUUUUCGACUAAAUACUCACCGAGUUAAUUACUUAUUGCCCAGAUCUACGCCGAAUUGUCUACUUCACUUAAAUACUCACCGAACUGUCUACUUUUCACAUGAAUACGUGCCAAGUUGUCUGAUUUUCGCCCGAAUUAUCUACUGUCGCUUCGGCGUUUAGCACACCACCUAACCCUAGAUGUUUCCUAUAUUUAUCUGUAUUUCUAUAGCAAGCCACACGACAAAUGUAAUCAACGUUAAAAUGGUACAUGUUUAGGGAAAUUUAUUGAAAAAACAUCGCAUUGCACAAGAUUGUGAAUAGUUGACAUGCUAGAUCAUCGAUCGUUAUGUAAGUGCCAAGUCGACAUUUACCCUAAGUAACCGACAUCAAGGAGGGAAAAUAGACUUUUCCCCUUUAUUUACGCUUUUGUCGGCUUCAUUACGCCUUUAUUUUCCUUUUUAUAUUCUUUUUUUAAUAAUGUGAUAGAACUUGGUUCUGCGUAUAGAAGCUAUGAUCUAUAUUUUUGACAAUCACGUUAACCGUCCACCUAGAUUAUAAGUAAGUCUUAAUACUGUUGGAAGACAUCUAAAUGUAUUCACUUGUCGAAAUAUGGUCUCUGGAGUACUGUAACUUUCAAGGAUAUUUACUUUAUCGUCCUAUAAGACUUAUGUUUGGCUGCGACACAGAAGUUUUAUUAAUUGAUCAUGGGAUUUCACAUUUCAGAUGUGUUUUUAUGGCCGUUCUGGUAAUUUCAGAUCUAGAAAUUAGUGCCAGAAAAAUCAAUAAUUUGAUAUCUGAACAUUCUCAGUCCUGCAUAGAUGUUCAAAUAAGCCAUAGUUAUUCGGGAAAAAUUAAUUAUAUUAAUAAAAUAGAAAUGAUCUUCGAUUCAUGCUCAAUAUUGAAGAAGACACGUUGGUACUAGCGUCACUUGAACUGGUCUACUAGGAAAAUAGGCAUCCACUUAUUGUAAACUAUCUACGUGUAACGCUUAGAUUUGAUCCAUAUUGCCUAUCCAAUUCCUGUAAAAACGUAAUGCCAAAACUACAUAGCUCCAUCCUUAUGCUUUAAUUAUUUGAAAACAGUCUACUCUGAACUAAACCAAACCCUUUAGAACAACACUAGAAUUUCAUGUUUAAGAAAGUCAGUAUAAGGUUUAGUUAGUAGAUAUUUGUGCUGUUCACGAUUUUUAUUGAAUAAAUUAUUUCUUUAAUCAAAACUGUUGAAAGUAUUAUUCAUGCACAUGUUCGAGAAGACAGUUUUGGGUCAUACCAUGGGUCAAUAAUACUAAGCGGCUUGUCGAACCGAAGUAUAAAGAACGGAGUUCCAAUUUGCCACUAUGAUUUGAAGUCACGCCUUUCAGCUACUGUCUGUAUUUGGUACAAACAUCUGACGUGAUGUUCAAAAUGCCAAAUUGGAAUACACUAAUAUGGUCGAUAUCAAUGAAGAAAAUCUUUUUUCCUAAAGGGAAUAGCGUAGGUAAAACGCAAUUCACAAAUAACCAUCUUUGCUGGUUGUUACUGGCAUAUGUGUAUCAGAAAUUUGUAACUCAUUUUCUUACUAAUAAACUUACCUCUGUUUUAGGAGUAUUUGGUUUAUUUAUUCCUGGUUGCUUGAAUAAGUAACAGUCGAUGGUUUACCGUCCUCUGUAGUUUUAUAUGUACGUUUAAGUAUGAUUUGAUUGAUAACUGUCCACAGGAAUUAUGAACUCAUUAGGUCUACAGACGUAUGUGGAAUUGUUCCAUUUUCCAUCAUUGGCUCAGUCGAAUGUUUUCAACCUAACUUUUUUGAAGUCUGAUUCUGCAAAACGAUCAAAAACUAGUCGAAAAACGUACGACAUACUGGUCGCAUUUUUCCGUCCAGUAAGCGAUCCACUAGCCAGCAAAUAUUCCUUUAGUAUACACCAUUUCGAUGUAGAAGACAAAAUUAUUCAGCCACUAACUAAAACCAUUGAUUUUGCCUAUUUACCAGGUGCCUCAGACAUAGUUUGCAUUAGUGCAUUACAUGACGAAAUAACUGACGAAUACUUCGUUGCUAUUGGCUUUGUAAAGGAAGGCGAAAAAGGAUACCUUAAUAUAUACAGAUCUAAGUCAGAAGAAAAGCUAUCGGAAAAUUGCUUGAGUUAUUCCAAGUUACCUUGUGUUCCUCUUCAUUUGACUCAUGCACACUGUCUCAUCAAAGAUGAACAUCAGUGGGCAUUCUUUUUGUCUUAUGGUGAACCUUUUAGCGAAACUUCCAGUCAACACAAGCCUUCCAAUCAACCACAAGUCAAAAUAUUUUCCAAACUUGUUGAUACUAAUGUUUUUGAACAAGUUGAAAUUGAUCAAGAUACAAAAAACUCAGAAUUAAAUCAGUCUCAAACCUGUCAUUCCAGUGCAGCUUAUGGUGAACUACCAUUUAAUAUUGCUGUAGUACUUUUCCCAGAGCUAACAAAAUUGCCAACAACAUUAAUUUUCUUACAUAUGGAUUUUAAAAUUAUAAAUAAUAUACGGUUUUCAGCUUUUGGCUCACAAGAUGGGUGGUUUGGUUUAUUUGCUGUGGACAUGAAAUCUCGUAGAACUAUACGACAUUUCUAUUUAUCUCAUGAAUCACCAAUCACAUCCAUUAAAAUAUUUCAACAGUUUAAUGGGUUUGAUUCGGCUUCAGAAGAAGUGAUCAAGGAUAAUGAAAAUGUGUCUAUUCUCAAGAAAGAUGUUAACUGUUUAGUGUGUUCAGCUUUUGAACCAAGUGUUGUUUAUUGUAAUAUCUUCAAAAAUAAUGGCUUCAGUGUACAAAAUCAGUUAAUUUUACCAUUUAGCACAGAUUUUGAUCAUGUCAAUUGUGCUUCAGUCGAUGAUUUUAAUUUGGAUGGUAAAACUGAAAUUAUACUUGGAACAUUUGGACAACGAUUACUUUAUUAUGAAUGGGAGUUGAAUAAUACAGAUCCAAAAAGUGGACAAUUCAUAUUAAAAUUUCAACGUUCACUUCCUGGUCCAGUAUUUUGUAUAUCUCCUGCUUUAGAUCUAAUCGGUGAAGGUCCUCUAUCAUUAGCAGUUCUAACUAGUCGUGGACUACAUAUAUUUCAACAUGAUACAUAUUGUUUAAUAAAAGAAAUUCAUCAUAGAUUAGACAAUCAUUCACCUUUAAUACUUAAUUUGUAAAUUACUUUUUUAUUACUUGUGAUUAUUUGCUUAUAUAUAUAUAACGGCCGUUUCGUUCUAGUGUGGGACUCCUCAGUAGUUCUCAUGCACGACCUCGCAUGCGGAACUCGAACAUGAGGAGUCCCAUACUAGGACGGAACGGCCGCCCUGUGCUUCCAGAUUUUCAUUGUGAAAAUUGGAACACAUCUAAGCAAACAAUUGCUUUCAAUUAGAUCAUCAUUAAGCCUUACUGUAAUAUACAUGAAUAUUUAUAUUAAAUUGUUAAACUAAUCAAGGCAAUUUGAGUCAAUAAUCACAAUAAAAAAGGGGUUAAAUGUGUACAGAACAAAUUCGUGAACCCCCUAUCCCUUGCAUGGCCAGUUGUAAUUUAACAAACGACAUUAUUCCAUUUUAUUUUUGUUAUCAUUAACAUAGUUUUUACAUCCAGUAUUUGUUUGUAAUUUUCCGCAUCUUUCCGUUUGUAUUCUUCACUAUCUAAUUAUUUACAUACUUCUUAUUACGUAAUGGUUUUAGUGUUUUGUGAUGACUAUUCCAAGUCUAUUUACCCACGUUUGACCUUCUAUUUCCAACGUUUAACUAUUGAUAAGACUUUUGUCAUCGCAUUUUAUUAUUCUUACUACUAUCAGUACACCUAUCUUUCUGUUAUCAACUUGUACUUUUACCUAUUAUGCUUGGUGACUUAUUCUAUUUCAUUGUGAUUUUUGACCUUAAUUACCUUGGUUGAUUUAACAUUUCCGUAUGAAUAUUCAUGUAUAUUACAAUAAAGCCUGGUGACGAUCUAAUUGAAAACAAUUGUUCGCUUAUAUGUGUUCUAUAUAUAUACUGCUACCUCGCAGCUAGCCUGUUCAAUACCACCUCCAAUUUACCUUUGUCCAUAGACUUUAAAACAUUUACUAAAUCCUAAUAUUGUGAAGUUAUAUAAUCAUUUCUUUCUGGAUAAAUAAAUAACAUCUCUCUUUUCUAUACAUAUUGUUUUACUGGGUUAAUUUAGACAAAUCACCGCGAAACUAUAAUUUAUGGACGAACCAAUCAGAUUU